CUCGCCGCAGGUUUCAUCAGGACCGCGUCAUACGGCCUACUUCUUCCGCCUCUAUCUCAUAGGUCCACUGUGAUUGCUUGUUGCACUGUUUAUGGGGGAUGGCUGUUUGAGCUACGUGCGAGGGAUUGUGCUCUUGCCACCCAGGGACAAGUCGGCAUAAGUGGGAUGGAGAACCCUUGCUAUACUUGUCGCCGGCGGCGGAUUCGUUGCGAUCAGUCUGGUUCGCCAUGUGCAAAAUGCACAAACAGUGGGUUGCAAUGCUUUGCUUCCAGACCCCUCAGAUGGGUUGCUGGCGUGGCAAUACGAGGGAAGAUGCGGGGCGUUUCAUUUGAAAGCGCAGAUGGUCGAAACGAAUCCGGGCCAAAGGAUGGCCAUCCUGCACUAGGGGCAGAGUCUGCUCUUACUGUGGGUCCUCCCGAACGUGACGUAAUUCCUAUGAAACCUGUCAUUAGCGUACCUCCGAGCAUAGGCGAUUUUGCCGUUUCGGACCUGGAUCCGGUCUCUAGAUACUACCUCGACUAUUAUAACGAUAGCAUAUGCAAGCUCUUCAUAGUAUACGACAGCGAGAAGAACCCGUUCAGGGCUCUGAUAUCCCUCUCGUUACUCGACCAGACUCUGCUCAAGUCUGUAUUGGCUCUUGCAGCACGACACAGAGCCAAUAGAGAGCGUUCAUUUCAUGAUCUCACCAUCCAAUUAUCGCCCGAGCGGACAAAUGCUCAUAUAAAUGCGCUUCGUUUCAAGUAUCAAGCUAUACAAGGGAUCUCACAAGCCUUGGGCGAUGCGACAGGACAGCGGAAGGAUACAACGGUGGCUAGUAUCUUCCUGCUGAUAUUUCUGGAUCUUCUGGAGUCAGGCAGUGAUCGAUGGAAUGUUCAUCUAGAAGGUGCCAAGCGGUUGAUGGAUUCAAGUCUACCCGAGCCUGGUUCCCGGCUUGAUCCGGGACGGACUAUUCAGGAGAUCCGUAAUUUUCUCGCCAGUCAAAUUUACUCGAUUGAAACCCUGGGAGGGACCUUUGUACGCCCUAAACUGUUAUCACAGUUUGAUCUGCUCCGGGGUCCACAGUUUCAGGAGACAGUUGAGCAAUCAUUCCUUGGGUGUCCAGAAUACCUACUGGAUGCGAUUAGAUAUCUUUCAGCACGGAGGGACGCAAUAAUGGGCCUGGAACACCAUGAUCGCCAUGAUACCUCUAUCUUCAGCUACUACGUUGAGAAUACCGUGACGAUGAUCGAAUUCAUACAACAUUUUGAUUGUUCUGUAUGGGCAACGUCUCUACUUCAACUAAAUACAACGGGUACCGGAGAUAUACGUCCUCUUUGCAUGUUGGCACGGACGUACCAGAUUGGGGCUUUGAUAUACGGCAAGCGUGUUCUUGGGGCUCUUACUAAGGAAUGUCUGCCACUGGAGGAUCUGGUGCAAGAGCUGAUCGACGCGAUCAGCAGCUUGCAAGAUAAUCAGGCUGUCUACAAAUGUCUUCUCUGGCCUCUCUGCAUUGCUGGUCUUGAAUGUCACCAGCAACAGCAAAGGGAAUCCAUACUGAGAUAUAUGGAAAAGUUCUGGGACUGUACCAGUUGUAUCAACGCGAUAAAUGCCGCUGACAUCAUCAAGGAUUACUGGAAGCAGAAUGAUGGCGCAUUGCCACAAUGGAUCUUCUCCAUUGGCCACCUGGGCCGUGACUGGCUUUUGAUCUGAUGCUGGCCUGAGAUGGAUCUGAAUGUUUUCGUGGAACUACUGCAUAAGCUACCUCCACGAUGUCUCAGGCGUGGUAGUUUCAAGUAGGGCAGUAUAUCAUUAUUCUGCUCGGAAAAGCGCCAGACUCAUACUAGGAAGCUCUCGAGCGGUCGAUUAUGGGGUUUAGAGAAACCCUGAUCGAAGCAUUCCUUGAG